AUUGCAACAGUUGAAAAAUGAGUCGGACGGACGAUGGGCAUCACACUUUCUUACAUUUUGGAAAUCCUUUCAAGAUGAUAUUUUCCAGGGGGCCUCACUUCUCACCAAAGCUUCUAGCCUUGCUUAAUAAUUUUGAGCUAAUGCUCGCCACAAGUUUGACAAAUCUUAAACCAAAUGAUUUAUCUGAAAUUCUUACCCUUUCUUGGAUGCGGCAGGCUAUCGAGUCCUUAUCUGAGAUUCAUACAAACAUCAAAGGCUUAAUUACUGAUCUACAGUUUCCUGUCUCUGAUUGGGAUGAGAAAUGGAUUGAUGUGUACUUAGAUGGCAGUGUAAAAUUGCUCGACAUUUGCAUUGCUUUAAGCUCCUUGCUUUCUCGAUUGGAUCAGUCUCAACUUUUCUUGCACUUUGUUAUUCAAAUAUUGGAACACCCAAGCAAUUCAUCCCAGCAGAUGAAACUAGUAGUGGCAUCUCUUCAUGAUUGGAAGGGUCAAUUUAGCUCUAACAAUCUCAAGCUCCAAAACUGCCAUGAUAUCUUAAAGAAUCUUGCAGGAAUCCCUUACUCUGAAAAGCUGAGAAAUUCAGACAAAAGCAACUUACUGUUGAGAGCCCUUUAUGGAGUGAAGGUUCAUACUGUGAUUGUUUGCAGUGUUAUUACAGCAGCACUGUCAGGUUGUUCGAAGCCUCUAAUUGAAUUGCUUGUUCCAGACAAGUUCCUAUGGUCCAGUGCCUUCAAUGAGCUACAAGCCAUUGUUCUAUCAGAGUUCCGGACCCAUCUUUCAAGUGAAAAAGUAAUAAUGUUGAGAGAGCUAGAAGCUGUAGAAUUGUGUGUGGAGAGGUUGCAUGUGUUAACUGGCUGUGUUUGCAUGGAAACUGAGCAGAGUGAAAAGGAAGCAGCUGGAGAAGAACUACUAGAAGAAGUGGAGGAACUUGUUUCUGAUUUGGCUGGAAGGUCUGAGAAACUUUCUGAGGGGUUGGAUCAUCUCUGCACACAAAUUGAUGGAUUCUUCCAGAUUGUGCUGACUGGGCGGGAUGCUUUACUUGCCAAUCUGAGAGCAUCAAAUCGAAUAAGAGAGAGUAGUGAAGAAGAGAAUGCGAUAAGGUGAUUGAAUUAAUGUAAAAUAGUUAUUUAUUGUGGAAAAUGGUUUGCUGGAGUUUGUUGCUUGUUAAAUUUGUGCUUAACAAUAACUUUGGGACGGUUUUUUUUACUGUUUUUAAAGCAGCUUAAGUUCAAAAAUUUUAUUUUUUGAACUAAAAAGUUGCUUUAAGAAGCAGUAAGAAAGCCGUCCUAAACGAAGCCUUAAUGUAAUGAGAUGAUAAGGUUUGCUAAUCUGCAGUUCUCCCUUGCUGGAGUACUAUCUGCUAUGGUUCUACAGCAAAGCCAGUGCACUUAAUAUGUAACUAUAAAGGCUUUGUUUGGCA